AUGGCCCAGCACUACAUUGACAAUGUGGUUUUCCCGGUGACGGGCCGCCGUUUGACCAUCUUUGGCGAGGAGCUGCCGGACUUUACCAACAAAAACCUCACCGAACGCGCCCGUGUCGUCUACUCAAUUUACUUCGCGAACAUCACCUACUAUGACAUGUAUUGGGCAGAACAAGCCAUCAACAAGACGCUGAUGCAGCUCUACCCGACGUUUUGCCUCGACGACGAGUGCCUGGACAACUGUAACGAAAACAUCACCACGCUGUUUCAUCCGUGCCCGGUGUGCCAAGAAGGCUUCAACAAAGACUUCCGCGGCUACUGCGUUGAUGGUUGCCCAGCGAGCACCUUCUACACACGCCCCGGCGAUCUCGAAGAGGAGAUGCAGGUGCCACGCGAGCUUCGCGAAUGCAUGCCGUGCAUCGAUCCGAGUAGAUGCAAGCGAUGUGAUUGGUACCCCAAAGUGACCUACCGGAACAAAGUGCGCAAUUUCACCGGGCACCCGGCGUUGCUGAUCAACGAGCCCUACCGGCACACCAGGCAGCAGGAGCUGGAUGACCCCUCCAUCAUGCGCAUCAAGUGCCUGGAGCAGGUGGACGAUAAGCGGGAGCAUAAGUGUUUUCCGGAGUUCCAAUUCCUCGGCGCCGACGGCUACUGCUUGUCGUGUCAUCCGGAGUUGGCUCGGCGGUGCGGAGGGCCCGACAACGUUGAGCUGGUGCCGUGGGGCCAGGAAGAAAAAAUCCGGCAGCACGCCAUCGAGGACAUUGCCUACGCCAUGAGCCGGAGGAGGGCGAUGCUGUUUGGGGAUAUGACAUCAAGGCGCCCUGCUAGAAUUACAUCCUGCGACGUUUCCCACGACGACGAGCGGAACCCGCUGAUGAACAAGCACGUGCUCAUCAGGCGCGCUCCCCGAAUCAAGCCCGCCCCGAAAGUGUCGAAGGAGGUGGUGAAGCCGCUAAGUUUAAGCGAAUCCGAGACUCAACCAAGCCACGCGAGCACGCCCGCUAAGAAGCCCAGAAAGGAGAAGCCCGAGUCGAUGAAGAGCUACAAGGAGCUCCUCUUCACGCCACCGAACCAGGAGCUGAGCCUGUUGCUCGAUGCGACGCCCGUGCCGACGGCGCGCAUCGGCGAAAGCCCCGGCGUCUACGUCACGUCCGGCCGGAUGAUCACCGACCGCGAGCAGAAGAAGCCCACGGUGACCCCGCUGAAAUCGAAAACCCCGCUCCGAACGGGACGCUCGGGCGAGGAGCCAAAGCCGCCGACACGACAACUGGACACCCCGGAAGUGGUGGUGCAGCAGCUACUCGGCACUGACCGGCGCACGGGAAGUCGACGACAGAAGUCGGAGCGUCAGAGGAGUCCGAAGAGG